UCAGAGGAAGAAGCAGUACCAGGCCCUCACACUCUCUCCUGGUUUAUUAAGGCUUUCUCUCAGGCUCCUUCAGCAGAUAUCAUGGCGAUGGCUCAGGGACCUUUUCUUGUAGGAACAGCACCACCGUUCGCUCCAGUCCCCAACCCAGGAGUCACUCAACCGCAGCAGCCCAGUGUAAAUAUCGCCGUCUCAUCGCAACAAACCGUUCAACAACCCCUUAAACAACAAGUUCAACAACCUGCUUACAUCCAACAGCAACCUCAAUUCGUGCAGCCAGUCUCUCCACCUCAACCGACCACCCAACCCAGUGUAAAUAUCGCUGUCUCAUCGCAACAAACCACUCAACAAGUUCAACCACCUGCUUACCAGUACAUCCAACAGCAACCUCAAGUUGUGCAGCCCGUGAACCAGGUGGUGGUGGUGCAGCCAAAUCUCACCGACACUUCUAGACAAAAGAUGUGUCCCAACUGCCGAAACACUGGUAUGACUCAGCUCAGGUACAUCAAUGGAAUGCUCACCUGGCUGAUCUGUGGCGUGGGUGGGAAUCUUCGGGUUCUUGCCUUGCAUGUGCAUUCCCUCCUGUGUGAAUUCAUGCAAGGAUGUGGAGCAUUCCUGCCCCAGCUUGUGGCCACGUCCUGUACGUUCAUAGACGCACUUGAAACAACUCUGCUGAAGCAACAACAAAUAAAAAUCUAUGAAGCAAUCUAUCGGUUUCCUCCUGAGAACCCAUUUCCUCAGAUCUAG